CGGUAAAAAAAUAAAUAAAAAUGCAGCAACAGCUCUGGUGUUUUUUGGUGAAGCAGGACAGUUUUCUAGUUGUGAUGUUUCUCUAUCACACCUGACUCAAGCUGAGGCUAGUGAAUUCCGAUGCCUCAUAGACUGUGAGAUGACCAGUGGGCGGACUUAACACCGGCAUAACAAGGAGGCAAAUGACUCAGACUCAAACAUCAGGGAUAUCGAUAAAAAACAGGCCCGGGUAGCCGUGUGUUUGUUCUGCAGGGUUUCAGUCACAAAGUUCCACCUCUCGUGGCCACUAAUGGCAGGUGUGCAUGCCUCUGCAUUAAUCAGGGGGCUGUGAACCUGCCGUUUAAUCGCAGAGGAAGCCGAGCAGAGAUAGCAGGUCUGCCCCCCUGUGCACCCUGACAAAGUGGCUGUGGCUUCGAUCCCUGAGUCAAUAUUGACCACCAGCCAGCAGGAGAGAAGCAGCAGCAGCAGCAGCUGGGAGGAGGAGGACAGCAAGGAGAUCCUCAGCAGCUACACACACACACACACACACACACACACACACACACACACACACACACACAAUUAUGAAACCAUAAAAAAAAAUAUCAGCACACUGUUAAUAUGAUGUGGUUACUGGCUAUUUAUCCUGUCUUGUGGUAUCCUGAGGCUGAGUUACAUUCUCAUAUAUUAUUCAGUUUAUUACAGCAAAAUGUUUCAUAUUUUAUGUGUACACUUUAACUACAAGUUACAGAAAGAAAGAAAGAAAGAAAGAAAGAAAGAAAGCUUCAGAUUUAUUAAGGUACUUGUUAGUGUUAGGUUUAGUCACAGCCCAUUCGUUUUGAGUUUGCAAAUGAUUUGUGCAAGUAGUGUGAAUUUCAGGCAUUUGAUUUGUAAAAACAAGUAUAUCAGACAAAAUCUUUUAAAUGAUGAAGAUUCAUAUUAAUUAUCUUUGACACCUCAGAGCCAGGUGCACAGUGUCAGGACUAAAAACAAUUAAAAGUAAAUACACAAAAGUGAUUCAUUUAUCCCUGAAUAUGUUAUUAAGUUAUCUUAGUGAUUUAAGAGUCUCUCUUUAUUUCCUAUGCUUACUGGUUUACUUACUGGGGGCUCCAGCGCUAAGAUCCUUAUGAGGACACUAAAUUGUGAUCUAUGGGUUUUGGGCUUAGAGAGAAACAUGUCUUAAUAUGAUCAGCCAAUAAUCAUAGUCAUAGUCGCAUGUGCAUGAUGUUCAGUUAGUGUCAGCGCCAGAUUGAGCCCAUUUUUAACCCAACCGAUUGUGUUAUGAUAACUUGGCUUAAUAAAGUUGAAGUAUAGUAUGUAAAGUUUUGCUGCAUUCCAGGAAAUCUUUGUUGAAACCAGAAACUCACCCACCUGAUCUAGUUGUCCAGACUCAGAUUUGAGCUCAACAAUGAAAGUAUUUGUCCUCAGACUGCAUAGAAAUGUGUGAACUUAACCCUCUGGAGUCUCCAAAAGCGCCAAAUCAUGACUUCUUCAUCACAUCCAGACUAGAAAACAAAGCAGCGUGGAGCCCUACUGUAAAUUUACCUCUAAAGUUCUGGCUGUAAACUCCAUGAGGCCAGUUUCAGUUUGAUGAUGAUAACCCAGUAAAACUGGAGACAAAUAUAUUUUGUAUAAAAUUAUAGAACUGGAUGUAACCCCUUAUAUGUUAUAUUUGCAAUAUUUGUUCAUAUUUGCAACAUUUAAAAUUCUUUAUUGAGCAUGAUAGUGUUUUGAAAGUAAAAAAAGAUUCAAAAUCACAUUUUAUGUUGGACAAAAGGACUAAAAAGACACAAAAAAGACACAAAAUGACCAAAAAAGACACAACAUGACUUACAGAGACACGGAAUGACUAAAAAAUACACAAAAUGACCAAAAAUUUUACGCUAAACAAGACACAUAAAAUAGAGUCCCACUAGAAUAAAAACCGGAGUUGGAUGACAGGAUCACACACAAUCAGAAGAUCACAUGUAUGUUGGUUUUUCUUUGUUUCUUUUUGGCUCAAAAUGUUGAUCCAGUAAGGCCGAAUAAAAAAAUAAAUUAUUAUUAGGUCAUAUAGGUGAGGUUGUGCUGGAAAAAAUAUAUACCUACAGGGCAUUUAAACAUUUUCUAAGUGGUGUAUGAAGGCAGGAUGAAAAGGAAAAAUGGACAAAAUAGCCCAAAGACUCCAUAGAGUUAAGCUAUGGUCUUAGCAAUGGGGUAGGCCGGGUGGUGAGGUGAACUGGAGGACAGGUGAUUGUUCCUGAUCCUGAUCCUGAGAGGCUCCCCAGGUAAUAAUGGCCCUACUGGUUCUGUAACUGAACUGCAGAGGGUUUGUGACCUUUGCCAUCAAGUAUCUCUUUCCUACUUCUUCGGAUAAUGGGAGUUGUAAAAUCAAGGCAAGAAUUGUUUGCCACUUGUACAAUGGAUGUAAGAAGACUUCCUCAGAUGGGAUACAUCAGCUUGGCUCUGUCAUAGUAGAAGUGUAGGAGUAUCAGACUGCUGAUUGUUGGGGAGGAGGGGGCUUACUGUAUUUGAUGCCAGGGGUCAUGCUGCCCUGAUGAACAGAAUCUGCAUCAUACUACAUCAUCUUAUGUCUAAAAACACUAGCUUCACAGGAUGGAAAAUCCCAAAUCUGUAGUCUAUUUGGUGUUUCUUAUCAGCUUCUGUCACUGCAAGAAAAUAUAAAUAAAAAAAAUACUACACAAGAGAAGAGUUAAGACGUAUUCAAACAACGCUGAGACAGAAACCAAUUUGCCGUGCAGUGACUAACAGCCAAAACCUCAAAGCUUCUCUGAUCUGACAUGAUUUAACAAAAGAAAAGAGGAGGAAAAGCUCAAUCCCUGACUACACACACACCUUUCGCAUGAAGAGCAAACAGAGCUGAGAGACUUUUAAGUCUUGGGUUUGAUUCAAACCCACAGAAACACUCGCACACACACACACCCUGCUGCAGUGUGUGUUGACAGAGUUGACACGUACACACACCGUCGGCGCUACAGACUGGCAGUCCCCCCCCAGUGCAGGAUCAUCCACAGGUCAUGUUUAUGAAUUGGGAGGAGUGGAUGGAUGCCAGUGCUUUCCAUCACUUUCUUCUUCCUUAUCCUCACUUGUAUCAGUCGGUUGCAAAAAGAAAUGUCCUCUGUGUGUGUGCAGCAGCCAUCUUCCUGUGAUUCAUGGGUGUUGUGACGACAUCUUAUUGCGCUGAUAGAGAUCAAAGCUGCUGCUCCAUCUGAUGAAGAGAAACUGAUGCAAUCAGAGCAGUGGAAGUGGAAAAUUCUGAUCACUGAUGAAUUUAUGACAGAUAAACCUUAACUACCUGUGUUCCUUAUUAAAAUAACUGGAGGAUUUGCAUGAUUGAUGAGGCUGUGUGUGUGUAGUUGGCUUCUAUAUACUCUUAUCUUUUCUUGUUAGAAUCUGAGUUCCCUUUAGAGCAAGAGAUUUUUUUUUCUUGCCGACACUUCCUGGUUGAGUCGACUGAGACACUUUUCCUGCCUAAACUAACAAAACACACAUAAUUAAUCUUUUCCUAGGUUACUUUUGAAGGUUAAUUCUCUUAUUUUGUCCCCUGUCAAUGCUGCUCGCUUCCAUCAUGAGAACUUAGCCAAGCAAGAGCUUGACUUUGUCCAUUGUAACAAAACCUGCUCAUCUAAGCUAACUUGCUGAUGAUGGUACUUGAAGUCGGUGCCUAUUCAUUCCAGAAUAAUUGCUCACUUGGCACAAAAUCAAAAAAACUUCUGGGUUUACUUAGGUAGUGUGUGAUCGUUUGAAUAUCCUCACUAGUGUUUGUCCCGCUGGCCCUGUGCACAAGUUCCUGCUCAGCUCAUAGACUUUACAUUGUAAUGACAUUACACAUUUUAAAAAUAUUAUAAACUUUACAAUAGAAAGAGCCAUAAUUGUUUGCAGUUUGUGACGUCCUAUCAACUGACGUCUCUUAUAACAGUGGUCUAUGGGGAAAAAACGCUUUUUGAGCCACAUGGGGAUUUUUUUUUUGCAAUACUGUGGAUGGUAACUAGGAAAAAUGGUCUCCAAGGCUGAGCAGCGGCACCAUACAUUCUACAAUACAUCCAUGGAUCUACAGGUCAUAUUUAUUCGUAUCACCUUAUGUCUUUGUUUUUUUAAAUUUUUUAAAUUUUUAUUAACGAAUAAACAAAAAGAACAGUGGAUUACUUAUUAGCAGCCACAAUAUGAAACAAGACACUAAAACAGAAUUCUAGACAACAAAGACUCAGAAACAUAUUUACAAAUUAGACGUAAUGUAAACACAAAUAACAUACAUAGAAUAAUAUAAAGGACAACCACAACAACGCCAAUGAAAACAACGAUACCACAGUACAAAGCCACACAGCGAAAACAGACAAACACACAAACAAACAAAAUAAUGCCUUAUGUCUUGUGUUUCCUCUAUUCAUAUUAGAGAAGACUUCUUAUUUCCACGACAAAACUUUCCAUGAUGAUAUUGGUCAUGGGUAGUUUCUUUGUUUUAGUGUUUUUUUUUGAGCGUGUUACCAUGAUAUUGGACUGGGGGGGAAACGGACCAAGUAUGCAGGGCCCUCAUGUGAGGAGGGUCCACAAAAAUACCAGAAUGAAUAGCUUUGGAUGCAGGGACGGACUCAUAAAGAGAUGUCUUCUUCUUCAUACAGAUACAGCCAACAGCAGGGAGUGACAACAAGCAGUCCUCUCCAGUCUCUGAAGACACGAGUGGUCGGAGAGUUCAGGUUGAGGUCCUUUCCAAAUGUUCCGGUCUGUGCACCGGCGUGGCCGUGGGCUGAGGAGCUGGAGGUCGUGAGAGGUCAGUGGAGACAACGAAAAGCUGCCAAGCACACCUUGAGCCAACAUCACGCGCACACAGCAGGCCUAUGUUGUGUUUUUAAUGUUCUCUAAAAUGGUAUCCAAGCUGACAUCCCUGCAGCAGGAGCUCCUCAGCGCCCUGCUGGACUCAGGAGUUACCAAAGAUGUCCUGAUCCAGGCCCUGGAUGAUAUGGACCCCAGCCCGCCGGGCUUUGGAGUAAAACUGGAGAACCUUCCCCUGUCCCCCGCUCCUCCUCAGAGCGGCGGCAAGAUGAACGGGGCGGACGUCGACUCGAAGCCCGUCUUCCACACGCUCACCAACGGCCACAGCAAGGGCAAGCUGUCCGGGGACGAGGGCUCCGAGGACGGGGACGACUACGACACCCCGCCGAUACUGAAGGAGCUCCAGUCGCUCAACACGGAGGAGGCCGCCGAGCAGAGGGCGGAGGUGGACCGCAUGCUAUCAGAGGAUCCAUGGCGUGCUGCCCGCAUGAUCAAAGGUUACAUGCAGCAGCACAACAUCCCCCAACGGGAGGUGGUGGACGUCACAGGGCUGAACCAGUCUCACCUCUCCCAGCACCUCAACAAAGGCACGCCCAUGAAAACACAGAAGCGAGCGGCCCUCUACACCUGGUAUGUCAGGAAACAGCGGGAAAUUCUCAGACAGUUUAACCAGGCUGUACAAGGCUCUGGCAGCAACAUGACAGACAAAGGCAAUCAGGAUCCAGUGUUUUUUUUCCCAGAGUUCAACCCGUCCGGUCAGGGCAUGGGUCAGUCUGGUGAGGAGGUCGGCAGCGAGCCCUCCUGCAAGAAAAUGAGACGUAACCGCUUCAAAUGGGGACCCGCAUCCCAACAAAUCCUGUACCAGGCUUAUGAACGGCAGAAGAACCCCAGCAAGGAGGAGAGAGAAGCUUUGGUUGAAGAGUGCAACAGAGCCGAGUGUCUCCAGAGAGGCGUGUCCCCCUCCAAAGCUCAGGGCCUCGGUUCUAAUCUGGUCACCGAAGUGCGAGUCUAUAACUGGUUUGCAAACCGGCGCAAAGAGGAAGCCUUCAGGCAGAAGUUGGCCAUGGACGCCAUCACCAUACCGCCUCACAGCAUGAACCCUCUGCUGUCACACAGUUCGCCACAUCAUCCCCAGAGCAGCGCUUCACCUCCAAUGCGUUACAGCCAAGGCCCGGGUGAGGUCACCUCCUCCACCACCAUCAGCCACCACAGUAGCAACGCGAUGGCGACCAGCCAGUCGGUGCUCCAGCAGGUGUCUCCGGGAGGAUUGGACCACAGCCACAGUCUGCUGUCACCUGACAAGAUGAUUUCAGGUUCAGGUGGAGGACUUCCUCCAGUCAGCACACUGACAAACAUCCACAGUUCCCAUCACAGUCAUCAGCAGACACAGAACCUCAUCAUGCCUCUAUCUGGAGUCAUGGCCAUAGCACAGAGUCUAAACACAUCGCAAUCUCAGACGGUGCCAGUGAUCAACAGCGUGGCGGGCAGCCUUGCGGCGCUGCAGCCGGUGCAGUUUUCCCAGCAGCUCCACAGCCCCCACCAGCAGAGCCUGAUGCAGCAGUCCCCCAGCCACAUGAGCCAGCAGCCGUUCAUGGCUACUGUCACACACUCGCACAUGUAUCCUCACAAGCAAGAGCCCCCGCAAUAUUCCCACCCGUCACGUUUCCCCUCGGCCAUGGUGGUCACAGACGCCAACAGCAUCAGCACCCUCAGCUCCAUGUCCUCAAGCAAGACGGACGCUGGUGUAAACAAGAUGGUGCAACUUGGGGGUCUCUCCUGGUGUCCUCUUCAGGCUUGGUGAGAGCGUCCACCUGACUUCCUCGGUGCUGGGCAACGGGAGCACAUUUUUCCACCCUCUCACCGCUGUAACCAUGACAACUCUUAAUAACUGGCAACGGCGCGCUGGAUGAUGAGUCAGUCAACAAAACGAGAGGAGUGGCGACGACGGUGGGCCAGGCGGUGAAAAUGAGAAAUGGGGACAGAGGUGGAGGGGAGGGGUGAAGAAAAAACAAACUCACUGCACCUGAAAGUGAGGAGACUCGAUGGAUUCCCCUCGCUCGCUUGCUCGCGCACACACAAAUGAUCAACAAGGAUGAUUUUAACACAAUCUUUGAAAACAGUAUUCACUUUUUUAUGCCCCUCUUUUCUGACACUACAAAGGAACAAAAAACACCCAAAAAGCGCUCACAAACUGUCAAGGUACGGACUUGAACGAAGGCUCCGGGACUCCUUAUAUUACACUGUGAUUUAAGGUGGAAAUACGCCGACACCCUGAAACUAACAGAGACAGUGAUCAGCCUCUGUAAAGGCUGAAAGACUCGCAACAAGUUCCCGGAUGCCGACACACAUUGCCUUGCACGUGAGCAGAACUGUGUGACAAUCACAAUCACCCUGUAUUGAUCUUGUGCAUGCAUCUGACUUUCUUAGCUGGUUUUUUAAGGAGUCUUCCAUGUUAUUCUCUCACACACAGUCUUACUGUGCUAUAGCAUUAGUGCAGGCGAUGAAUUCAGACGGAUUCAUCACAUCAAGUUGUUCAAUGUGUAUACUGUGAUUGAAAAAACUUUGACAAUCUUGAAAGGACUAUGCAAUGCGUCAUUAGGUGUAUGCAAUGCUUUGUAUGACUGGCUCCACACACUUGAGACUGGAAAUGGAUAUGCACUAUCAGUGAAGUCACCAAAAAUUAUAUAUAUAUAUAUAUAUAUAUAUAUAUAUAUAUAUACAGUAUGGAGUUGAUAAAGCUGCCUGUAAAAUAACACAAAAGCAGAUGGAUGUAUGCGUGACAAAUAUGCCAAAGAAUAAGCCUGCUGUGCUAACGGAGCAAGGACUGACUCACACACUUUAACUGUGGCCCUUCCCCUCCGUGUUGUUUGCACACAGGUUCAGGUGAAUUUCAGGAAUGGGACUCACCUCCCUCUCCCACUUCCUGCCUCAAUGUGAAGCGAUACCAAAUAGGACAAAUAUUGUCAAUAACUCCUCAUCAUAAAUCAAGGCGGGUAGGUCAGAAUGAAAAUAUUGACAAGUAUUCAGAAACAAAACAGUCAUCUUAGUCCGGUAUUCUGUGAAGGAGAGAGACAUGAACGGGGCCAGUGUUGUGACAGCAGCUGCUCUAAUCAUACAGGAAUCCACACAGACUGAGAAAUGUUGGGGAGAGGAGCAGCUGCUGUGGGAUCAGUGUCACACCUCUUCCUAACUGGACUUGAAGCAAAUAACUGAACCUUAGAUUUUUGAUGACCUGCUCUGUGCAUCAGCCAACCAGCUAAGCGACUGCUCACCGUGGCUGAAAUUUUUGUGUUUUUGCAAAGUCUGUGCACUUCCUCCUUUUCCAACUUUUUUUAAUUGGUCAAAAUUGACACUUACAGCAACAGAAAGUUAAUCAGUAACAGUUUUUCACAUCUCCAUAUAAUUUUAAGCCUCUAUAAAAUAUUAAGAAUCACAAAUCACAAUCAUUCCAACUUGAAAAAAAUUAGGUAUGUUAUGAAUAAAUAACAUGGACAGUUACUAUAUGCAGAGGGAGAAAUGCAAACAAACAUUUCUCCACCUCCUCGCACUGCAACAUUGCUUGUUAUACAUGUAUAGAUAUAUUAUAGAACUGGAGCCCCCCCUGCAACCAAUGAAACAUUUUCCCCAUAGACCACCAUCAUAAACAAGAUGCCAGUAAAACUGUUGACAGGACACCUUGAACUGUAAAAAGGUCAAUUAUGACUUUCUCUAUUGUGAAUUUUUUUACGCCUAUAUUUGUAGAACUUUCUUCAAGCCAAGACAAGUGGUUUAAAAAUCUGUGACGUCAAUAUAAUGUAAAGUCUAUGGGCCAGUGGCAAACACUACUGCACAACCCUAAAAGCUAUAAAUGUUGUGGCGCUUGUGUCAGGCGGACUACAAUAUAUAUAUUUUAUAUUCUUGUAGUUGUAAUUAUCGAGACAAUUUUCCUGAGAGUUCACUCGCUCACUAUAUGUUAGGAAGAGGUGUCAGGUCUGUUUGGACAUAAGCUAUCUUCCUUCUCUGUGUUGACCGCGGUUUGUUCAGCUCAGCUUCUUACUGAACUAACCAAAAACUCCUUUGUCAUUUUCUUACAGUUUCUCUCAUCUUUCCCUUGUCUUUGUGCAUGUUUGAUUUGUGCAGAUUUACAAAGCGGGAUACAGGCUUAUUUUCUACAUUAACUUAGCUGGACAAUGAUGAGAAAGGUUGAGAUGGGGACCAAAUUUGUAAUCAACAAUCACUAUAACUACCCGCAGCCAUUUCCACUGUCGAACCUUCGUAUCAUAAGUGUGUCAGAUCCAGUCUCCUGUUCAAUAUUAGGUCACUACAUUUGUUAUUAUUAUGUUGGUUGGUUUGUGACUGUUAUUAUAGGCACAUCUACUGCCAUCUGAUCAGAGGGCACUCAUACUUGUGUGACAGGACAUGAUUUUUUUUUCUCUUCCUAAUGUAUUAUUUUUGUAUAAAAAUUGAAAUCAAUCAUAAAUCAUUAUUUAUACUUUCUGAGAAAAUGUUGAUAUUUGAAGUAAAAAGUUUUUUUCAA